CACAAAAGCUGGAGGAUAUCGCUGAAUCAUUUGAACUUGCGAUUGUUCUGAUGAAUCAAAUGACGACAAAAUUUGGCGGAAAUAGCGGACCAGAUAAUGCAACUUUAGCCCCAGCACUAGGUGACGUCUUAAGUGAGGCAUGUUCAGACCGCGUGUUACUUUUUCGUCGUGAUGAAGAACGGUUUGCGCAUUUAUUUAAGUCAGCAACGAAGCCCGAGUUACAAACAACAUCUGUACAAUAUCAAAUUAUUAAAGAUGGAAUUCGUGACAAUCCCUUGCCAACUCGAAAACGUUGUCUAGAUGAAAGCGAUUUUAAUGUCUUGAACGAUGAUUCUUAA